AUGACAGGGGUGGUUGUAUUCGCUCUCUAUUUAUAUACACUGACGCAGUGUGUCAUCGCGGCAGAGACAAACUGCAGUCGCAUAUUCCAUUCUGUUGAUGAUCUUGAAACCAUUGAUUUAACAAAAUCCUGGGUCAACUCGGACACCGAUCUAUACACCUACAUCCCAAAGCCUCUCGCUAAUCAUACUGCGAUAUACCUGGAUGAGGGGGCCGCCUGGUCGGAUAGUGAAAACCUCUUCUUCUAUGGUGGCUAUAGGAGUGGUGUAAAUGGCCCUUCGGUCCCUCCUCUCGGAACAUGGAAGUAUAACAUCGCAUCCAACGAAUGGACCCAUGGCGGAUUUUCGGGAGCUGCACUUAAUUCAAUGGAAAUGGUCCGUGUUUACGACAUCGCGGAGCAGAAAUGGUACAGUCAGAAAACCUCGGGUGAUAUUCCCGGCUGGCGAAUGUCGGGCUGUACUGUUGUUGCGCCUGCCCAGGAUCUAUCAUCAUAUUCAAUCAUCCGGAUUAAACACAAAUGUGUACGGCCUCAGAAUAAUACCAUGAUAGUCGUGGGAGGGAAUACCCCAGUCACGAAUCGAGAAUAUGACCCUUUGCCACAGAAUUGCGACAGCGCUACGUUUGCCAAUGGGAUAGGCAUCUUCGACCUACACUCCCUGUCCUGGCUAUCUAACUACAAUGCAAGUUACAACGAUGCGUAUAUAAUCCCUUCCAAGGUCUCCGACGUUAUUGGUGGCAGUGAAACUGGCGGAGCAACAGUAGUUUCGCCCAAGGAUGGAUUCAAUAGUACUAGUAUGGAAGCUUUAUUCAAAAAACGAAAUAACGUCACGGAUUCCAGUACUUCAUCGACUUCAGCACCCGGUACGACUGGGGAAAGCUCUAGGUCAUCUAAGAAAAGCCUCUCCGGUGGCGGUAUUGCCGGAGUGACGAUUGGCUGUGUCGCUGGUGUGGGCUUGAUUGCUGGCCUCGCAUGGUUCCUCACCCGAAGACAUCGAAAAGCAAAAGCUGCGAGUAGCUCUCGACUGGCAUGGCAGAGCGACGCAUCGGCUAUCCCGCCGCCGGAUCAAAGCUCUCGGAAAGAGCUGUACGGCAGCGGACCAGAGGUCCAUGAGAUGGGAGUCAGGGACCAACCCCGCUUCGAAAUGCCCGCCGAGGGGGUUAAACGAUGA